GCUCGUUGCCAGGUCGCCAGGUUGCUACAGGCUUCGCAGUGCAAAGGGACUUUGUGGUUGUUUGGUAAAUUGCGGACUCCUUUACUUAUCCAGUAGAUGGAAGACAAACAAAGUGCACCAACUAAUCUCGAGUUAACAAAAGAUCAGUUGAAAACCAAAGACUCUUGUGGUGAUGAAUUACAGUCUGAUGGAGAUAGUGACGAAAAGCAAGUGGAAGGGAAUGGCUUUGUGACACAGUUAGGAGACAAUCAGUCUUUAAGUUCAGAAGAUUCAUCAAAAAAUGAUGGUUUGAGGAGCAAAAUCCCUCGUGUCAACUGCCCAGAACACAUUAUAUUAUGUUUGGAUUUAUCAGCAGAGAUGAAGUCAACAUCAUUUCAAAAUAAAACUGUUUUAGAUAGAACAGCAUUUCAGCUGGUCCAACGGGCAGGAGAAAUAUUUGUGAAGACCAAGUCAAAACUCAAUGCACAACACAUGUUCUGCAUUGUUGGCCUUGAUGAUAUUCCAACUUUUAGUGAUUUCACCAGUGAUAUAGCGACAAUUUGCAGCAUGCUGAACAUCCUUCAUCCAGAAGACAAACUUUCAACAUAUGAGGAUUAUGAUAUCCUUUAUUAGGUACAAGAAAAUGUUACUUUACCACAUGUGGAAGACAUAUCACUGCCCCCUCCAUAUGUUGUGCGAGUUAUCAUAGUGUAUGGACGAUCUUACUGCAUACCAAGAAUGUCUACAAGAGCAAAGGAGAUAUUUUCACAACUGUCUGCCUGCCCAUAUUUCUUUCUUGAUGUUCUUUAUGUUCAUGAGCUUCCCUCAGAAAUGAAUCGGUGCAAAGAAAUAUAUGAUUUUUUCUGUGACAUGGACGAAGAAGAAGAUGGGUUUAUGUUGGAAGUAUCACGCAGUACAACACGCCUGUUUGACCAUAUGGCGGCAUUGGUGGCACAUCCAUUACAAAGACCUAAACAACGAGAUACAUCUUACACUCUGACAUUAAGAGAAGAUUAACCAUUAACUGUAUUUUAUCCAGAAUACCUCAGUGUUUUUACCUUCACAUGUUCUUGUGAAGUGAUAUCAAAUAAUCAAAUUAAUUAACAUUUUUUAGUAAUAGAUAUUAAUACAGAACUUUCCAUCAUAGCAUAACGAUCAUGCCGUGAAAUGGAACAAAUCUGACAAAGUUUACACUCAGGAAACAUGAAUAUAGUACACACGAUAUCACAUAUACAGUGUUCACAAGGAACCUUAAUCAAAGGUUUUCACACUUUGAUAUUGCUAGAUACAUUUGCAAAACUCUUUCUUUGAAGCCAUGCAACAAUCAAAAGCAAUUUGCCAAGUGGCGUGUGAUUUGUUCCCCAGAGAUUAACAGGAACCUGUUACUAUUCAAUCAAAGUGUUGCAGUUGUACCUAAGUAUCACAGGUGUCAGUGUGAGGACCAAUCAAAGUGUUUGCAGUUGUACCUUAGUACCACAGGUGUCAGUGUGAGGACCAAUCAAAGUGUUGCAGUUGUACCUUAAGUAUCACAGGUGUCAAUGUGAGGACCAUGCCUAUCGUUGCAUAAAAUAUUGUAUUAAGUAA